GCCACGGGCUGGACUCUGGGCCAACGAGGUGUGGCGGAGCUCAGCUGCAGAGGAAGGCAGCGCAGACAUCACUGAGCUCCAAGCUGCGAGCCGAGCUCUGAGCUCUGACUUGAGACAGGAGGCAAGUGCCAGCCAGUCCCCGGCCCAGGACACAGACUCCUGAGCCCUGGCCUGUCCAACAAUAGCAGCAGCAGCAGCAGCAGCAGCAGCAGCAACAGCAGCAGCAGCAGCCAGGAGCUUGGGGAUGUUGGUGGAGCCAAGGAGGAGUGCUCACUUAACCCAGAGCUGCAUCCAGACUCUGGGUCCCUGAAGACUCCAGUUUGGAGAGGAGAAUCUCUCUCCAGCUGAGCCCAGGCACAAACUUUAGGGGACAGACUUUGUGACUAGAACCUGUGAUGAAGAUGCCCUUGUCCUCAGAAAGUUGGAGGUAGAGAGGUUCCCGGCAGGCUGUGGGAGAUCCCACUGCCUGGUUCCCACCAUGAGGGACCUGCCAGCACUCUCUUGCCUCUGGGCCUGGCUACUCUGGUCCUUCAGCAGCUUUCAGAUGUGCGGCACCCAGGCUAGAUCCCAGGAGCAUCCAGAACUGAUCGGCUUCACACAUCUGGCUUCUUGGUUGCCAUUCCAACAGAAGAAGUCCGGCUGGGAGGGAUUUGCGGUCUUGGCUUCUGCUUCUCAUUACUGGCCUUUGGAAAAUGUGGACGGGAUCCUUGAGCUUCAAGACACAACUGGAGCGUUGCGAACCCACAACCUCACUGUGCCUCCCUCCCACAAUGCUACCUUUGUCUUUACCAAUGACUCUGCCUACUCCAACUUCUCUGCGACCGUAGAUAUCAUGGAAGGGAAGGUCAACAAAGGUAUUUACCUCAAGGAGGAGAAAGGGGUGACGUUCCUCUACUACGGAAGCUACAAGUCAUCCUGUAUCAGCAACCCGGCCCAGUGUGGACCUGAGGGAGUGACGUUUUCGUUUUUCUGGAAGACUCAAGGAGAGCACCCUCGACCAGCUGCCUAUGCUUAUGGGGGACAGGUCAUCUCUGAUGGCUUCAAAAUCUGCUCUAGCGGAGGAAAGGGCUCUGUGGAGCUGUACACGCGCGACAAUUCCAUGACAUGGAAGGCCACCUUCAACCCUCCGGGUCCUUACUGGACUCAUGUCCUGUUCACGUGGAAGCCCAAGGAGGGCCUAAAAGUCUAUGUCAAUGGGACUCUGAGCACCUCAGACCCGAGCGGCAAAGUGUCUCACACCUAUGGGGAUCCCCAUGUCAACCUGGUCAUAGGGUCUGAGCAGGACCAGACCAAGCGUUAUGAGAACGGAGCUUUCGAUGAGUUCAUCAUCUGGGAACGUGCACUGACUCCUGAUGAGAUCAACAUGUACUUCACAGCUGCCGUCGGUAAACAUGCUCUAUUGUCUUCAACACCGCUGGCAAUGCCCACGGCACACUCUGUGAUGCCCACAGAUGCCUACCACCCAAUCAUCACCAACCUGACGGAGGAGAGGAAAUGCUUCCAGAGACCUGGAUCUGUGCUGCGGUACCUUCAGAACGUGUCUCUCAGCUUACCCAAUAAAUCCCUUUCGGAGGAAACUGCGUUGAACCUCACACAGACCUUCUUAAGAACUGUGGGCGAGGUGCUUCUACUGCCCAGCUGGACCCAGGCAUCAGAGGACAAUACCGUGACACUGGGCCUGCUCGACACCAUCGAUACCGUCAUGGGUCACAUCUCAUCCAACCUGCAGUCGAGAGAACCCCACGUCACCCUCACAGGCUCUUCCUCCAUGGCAGAUUUCUCCGUGGCCAAGGUCCUUCCCCCAGCACUGAGUGCCCCCCACUACAGAUUCCCAGCCCAUGGGCACAGUUACAUUGAGAUUCCGAGAGAGGCCCUUCACAGCAAAGCCUGGACCACCAUUGUCGGCCUUCUCUACCACUCCCUGCACCAUUACCUGAACAACAUCCCCCCGGCCAGCACAAAGAUUCCCGAGGCUGUGAACUGCAGAGACUGCUUGCUGUCUGUCGCCAGCCGCCUGAUCUCCCUGGAGGUGUCCCCACCACCCACUCUGUCCCAGAACCUAUCGGGCUCUCCUCUGAUUACUGUCCACCUCAGGCACAAACUGACUCAUAAGCAGUAUGCCGAUGCCACCAAUGAGAGCAACCGCCUCUUCCUGUAUUGCGCCUUCCUUAACUUCAGCUCCGGGGAAGGCGUCUGGUCAAGUCAGGGCUGUGCGCUCACAGAGGGAAACCUCACCCACUCAGUAUGCCACUGUACCCAUCUCACCAACUUUGCCAUCCUCAUGCAAGUGGUCCCACUGCAGCUCUCACGCGGACACCAGGUGGCGCUGUCGUCCAUCAGUUACGUCGGCUGCUCUCUGUCAGUUCUCUGCCUGGCUGCCACACUGGUCACCUUCGCAGUACUGUCUUCUGUCAGUACCAUUCGGAACCAGCGUUACCACAUCCAUGCCAACUUGUCCUUUGCUGUCCUGGUGGCCCAGGUCCUGCUGCUCAUCAGUUUCCGUAUGGAGCCUGGCACGGUCCCAUGCCAGGUGCUGGCUGUCCUCCUGCACUACUGUUUCCUGAGUGCCUUUGCUUGGAUGAUGGUGGAGGGGCUGCAUCUCUACAGCAUGGUGAUAAAGGUCUUCGGGUCAGAGGACAGCAAGCAUCUCUACUACUAUGGGAUAGGCUGGGGGUGCCCUCUCCUCAUCUGCAUCAUCUCCGUGUCAUCCUCUAUGGACAGUUAUGGGACAAGUGACAGCUGCUGGCUGUCACUGGGGAGCGGUGCCAUUUGGGCCUUUGUGGGCCCUGCCCUGCUGGUCAUUGUGGUCAACAUUGUCAUCCUGGUAGCUGUGACAAGGGUCAUUUCCCAUGUCAGCACUGACAACUACAAGAUACAUGGGGACCCUAGUGCCUUCAAGUUGACAGCCAAGGCUGUUGCUGUGUUGCUACCCAUCCUGGGAACCUCAUGGGUGUUUGGAGUGCUUGCUGUCAGUGACCGGGCCCUAGUCUUCCAAUACAUGUUUGCUGUGCUCAACUCCUUGCAGGGCCUUUUCAUCUUCCUUUUUCACUGUCUCCUAAACUCAGAGGUGAGAGCUGCAUUCAAGCAUAAGACCAAGGUGUGGUCCCUCACGAGCAGCUCUGGCCGUACCACAAGCACGAAGCCCUUCAGUUCUGAUAUCGUCAACGGGACCCGGCCAGGCACGGCAUCUACAAAAUUAAGCCCAUGGGACAAGAGCAGUCAUUCUGCCCACCGUGUGGACCUAUCCGCUGUGUGAUCAGAGUGGCUGCCACUCAAAAUGAGUGCCUUCCCUGUAGCAGAGAAAAAUGCACACCUUGCCACCAUCAUGGGGUCCCUUUCCUUGCUGCCUCAGCCUGGGUUUACAACCCCAACCUAUAACUGUGCCGAGUGUCUCCCUAGCACUGUAAGUUGACUCAGGGGGGUGUGGCCAGCGAUGAUGUGGCCCUUCUUCCCUGAUGCGGUAGGCACUUCUGUCCUCUGUGGACCUCAGAGCACAAAGUAGUCCUUGGUGACACUUAAGUGUAAACCUCCCUUGUUAUCCUGUUCACAGAACACUGCACCAGCAAGGCUGUGGUAAAGGAGGCCUAAGGAGGCAGCCGUAAGAGGGCAUAGCCUCAGCCUCGAUGGAGACUCAGAGUCCUGAGGGAUAUUUCAGGUCCUGUGUGUCUUCAGAGGGUCAACAGAGGUAGCUAGUUGGGUUAUGUGGGGGAAUGAGGCCAGCACCAACUGAAAUGAACAUCUUCAUGUAAAGGGCCACUAAUUGGGCCACCUCCCACCCUAGCAGUACACCAGUUCUGGGGUCUCUGCCUUUGCCUGUCUGGAGUCACCCACUCUCUUGUGUAUGGAGUCUUGUGAAGACAGCCUAACGGAGCCACUGCUUAGGAACUGACUCAGCCUAUUUCUUGCAAGCUGUGCCUUGCUGGACCUAAAGACAGCCUUAGAAAGCCUUUUCAGACAUAAGCCUCUCUACUGUCCCCUGCCUCCUCCAGGGCAUCCUGUUGGGCAUCCACCUGCAUCUGCAUCUCCUGGUUUUCUGCAGGUGCAGCUACCCUUGUGGUCUGCUUUCCCUGCUGGAUGUCCCUCAUGUCACACAUCAGACCAACCACACUGCGGAGACUGAUUUCUUCCCAUUAGUGACCGCACCAAGUCUCCACCGCUAGGCAGGGUGGCCACUGGAGGCUCUUGGGAUGGUAUGACUUAGCCCUGGGAGGUGCAGUCACUGUGACAACCACUUGUCAACAAGAUCCUCAUGUGGGUGGAGAUCACGGAGAAUCAUGGAACAGGCUGUGAAGGUCCAACUAGCCUAAGUUGUCUUAGGACAGGAACCUAAGUGUCUGUGAUGUGCAUAGCCCAGAUGACCAGUCUGGCCCUGAUACUGGAAAACCCUCACUUCCUAUGACAUCCCUGAGCUCCUACCUGCCCCCCAUCCCACACCCACUUUCUUGGCUUUAGAAUAUGUUUCCACUCAGUUCUAUGGAUCUUUUUGGCUUAAAUUGUUUUCUUUUCUUUUCUCCACUGUAAUGAAAUGGAGUCAGGGCCUGGCAUAGCUAGGCAAACACUCCACACUGAGCCACACCUCAGCCCCUAAGUGAAAGCCCCCAUGCAGGCAUCUCUUCCAGAAGCCAUAGGGCUAUAGGACCUGACUUUGUGCUGUCCAAGCCAGGACUUAAAUCUAUCAGACAACUGGGCCCCCGUGACUCUCCUGCAGCCCCUUUGGCCAACGCAGGCUGAGGCCAGGCUGAGACUCUGUGCUCGGUGACAAGUCCCGUCUAUAGAAUGUGUGUGGUCACUGCUCAGCAUCUCACUACUCCUCAAACCAGACACCAGUGACCCAGGGUCCGACCUGCCCUGCUGAGCUCCCAGUAGUGAGAACACUGUAUCCCUGCCACGCGUGCUGGGCUCCCACUGAAGCAAGGCAGGCCAGGACUGGCUAUACUUCCCGUGGGAUGCUCUGUUUCUGGCUUUUUUGUAAUACUCGCUCUCACGUAACUGAUAGAUCGAGAGAAGUCAAGAGCAGACCCUGUCUCGGCUCCCCAUUCCCCGUGAGCGAGAGUGCGCGGUUUAUUUAUAGACUACCGACUUUGGCUUCUGCAAUCAUUUAUUAUCUGUGUGUAAUUUGGCCCCACAUAAAUUAGAAAGAACGGUGUGUGUGAGAAGUUACGGCAGAGGGAAGAUGAUGAGUUGCUGCUAUCGUGAAGACAUGUUGCAAUUUUGAUGAAAUAAACUCUUAAUGUCCUUAA